AUGGAGUACUACACUAGAAUUAUGAAGAAGAUGAGCAAUAAAUCUGGAUUUGGGUAUCAUGUUAGAUGCAAAACUCUCAAGCUUACCCACCUUAUUUUUGCUGACGAUUUAAUGCUGUUUUGCAAAGGAGAGGUUAAAUCUGUUGUGCUGAUGAUGAGGGCUCUUAACUCUUUUUCUCAAGCUUCUGGAUUGAAAGCUAGUCAUGAAAAGUCAGCCAUCUACUUUGGGAACAUCACUGAAGAAGUUCAAACAAGGCUUCUGCAAGUAACUCGGUUUAAGAAGGGCAGAUUUCCCUUCAGAUAUCUAGGGGUUCCUAUAAUCUCUAAAAGAAUAACUACUGCUGACUGUGAUAUCCUGGUUGAUAGUAUACUGCAUAGGUUACCCUGCUGGACAUCUAGGCACUUAUCCUAUGCUGGCAGGAAUGUGUUGGUGAAUAUAAUGCUACUUAGCCUCCACAUUUACUGGGCUCAAGUAUUUAUAAUUCCAAAAGGGGUGAUGCAGAAGAUUAUGCAGCUUUGUAGAGCUUUCUUGUGGGAGGGUAAGGCCUAUCUUACUAAGGCUCCUCUUGUUAGCUGGGACUGGGUCUGUAGACCUAAGAAAAGUGGUGGGUUGGGUAUUAGGGACUGUAAGUUGUGGAAUAUGGCAGCAAUUGGAAAGUACACCUGGCAAAUUGCUCAAAAGGAGGACACUUUGUGGAUUAAAUGGGUUCAUUGUAUAUAUAUUAAAAAUGAGAAUUGGUGGACUUAUGUGGCUCCCUCAUCUGCUAGCUGGUCUUGGAAAGUAAUCUGCAAGAUGAAGGAUAAAUCGAAAGCUGCUUAUCAUAAUAAUCUUUGGAUGGAUGGCAACAAAGAUUAUACUGUUAAGCAAGGUUAUAAUUGGCUCAGGGGAGAUCAAGACACUGUAAGGUGGAAGCAUUGGGUAUGGAAUCCAAUCAACAUCCCUAAACACUCAUUCAUAGCAUGGCUAACUAUGUUGGGAAGGCUAAGAACACGAGAAGAACUGCAACAAGUUGGAGUUUGUCAAGAUGCUUCUUGUCUCCUAUGUCAGCAGGGGCACGAUUCAUGCUCUCACUUAUUUUUUCAAUGCCAAUUCAGUCAAGAAGUGUGUAGGGGGAUUAUGAACUGGCUACACCUGAGGAUGUCUGCACAAGAAAGUAUCUAUAGUCACUGGAGGAAAUGGGGGAGGAAAUUCAGAAGCAAAGUUCAACAACAAGUAGCUUAUGCUUGUUUAGCUGCUACUGUGUACCAUAUUUGGAGAGCCAGAAAUCACUCAUUAUGGGAAGCUGCUGUCUUGAGACCUGAUGUGGGUUUGGGUUAUGCUGGGCGUGUCUUUGUUGUGUUGUUUUCUGUUUGCUUGCUGCUGAACAUCGAUGUUGAGAUCAAUGAUGGGCAUAUGGCUAUUAGGUUGUUGUGCUCUUUACCGCCUUCGUAUAAGCAUUUUCGAGAUACUUUAUUGUAUGGUAGAGAUGAUUUGAUUUUGCAGGAUGUUAAGGAUGUCGUAACUCAGAGAGAUUUAAUUGACAAUAAGUUGGUUAAUAAAUCUAGUAAUUUUGCUUAA